AUGGGGGACUCGUUCUUCAACUGCUGUUAUUUCCCACCUCGACCCCCAGGCGAGGAGGAGCCCCACGGCUUCCGAACCCGCGGCGAGAGCGGCAUGGCGUCUCGCAUCUCCCCGGACAAGCGCUUCCUCAUCUUCUUCGACUUCGACGAGACCAUCGUGGACGAGACCAGCGACGACGUGGUGGUGCAGACGGCGCCCGGCCAGCAUCUGCCCGAAUGGCUGAAGGACACCUAUCAAGCGGGCCGCUAUAACGAGUACAUGCAACGGGUUCUGGCCUAUCUGGCCGAGCAGGGCGUCACCGAGAGCGACAUCCGCGACGUCAUGGAGAAGUUGCCCGCCACCCCGGGGAUGCUGGGGCUUUUCCAAUUCCUGCGCAACCGCCCGCCGCACGACUUCGAGGUGGUCCUGGUGUCGGACGCCAACACCUUCUUUAUCGAGGCCUGGCUAAGGCGAAGCGGCGCCCGCCCCCUCUUCCAUCGCAUUUUCUCCAAUCCGGCCACCUUCAACAGGGACGGGCGCCUAGCGCUGAGGCCCUUUCACGCCCACGAGUGUCAGCGUUGCCCCGAGAACAUGUGCAAGCAGGCGGUGGUCCGCGAAUACGUCACGCGCCGGACCAACGAGAGGAGGCGCCCCUACCAGAGGAUCUUCUACGUGGGCGACGGCGCCAACGACUUCUGCCCGGCGCUGGCCAUGGGGCCCCGGGACGUGGUCUUCCCACGGAGAGACUUCCCCAUGCACCGCCUCAUCACCGAGACCCACGAGGCCACGCCGGGGGAGUUCAAGGCGGUGACGGUGCCCUGGAGCUCCGCCGAGGAUGUCGUCCAACGCCUCAGGAAGCUGGUGGCCGAGUAG